UAUCUGAAAUAUCCAGAGGUCUUAUAAAAGGCUGUUGGGUGGAACACUGCAAUGGCACUGAGGCACGGGGAGUUUGCACAAGGAUGGGGAACAAACAGACCAUCUUUACAACACAGCAGCUAGAUGCCUAUCAGGACUGUACAUUUUUCACCAGAAAAGAAAUCCUGAGGCUGUUUCAUCGCUACCGGGACCUGGCACCACAGCUUGUUCCACUCGACUACACCAGCAACCCAGAUGUCAAGAUACCAUACGAGCUGAUUGGCAGCAUGCCAGAGUUGAAGGACAACCCUUUCCGCCAGAGAAUAGCUGAGGUUUUCUCUGAAGACGGAGAGGGAAAUAUGACCCUAGAUGACUUCCUGGACAUGUUCUCUGUACUGAGUGAAAUGGCACCAAGGGAUCUGAAAGCAUAUUAUGCUUUUAAAAUUUAUGGUUAG